AAAAUGAGUUAAAAAAAUCAGUUUCAACACUUAAAGGAAGCUCGCAUAAGGAUGGAGAUGUUGGCUUCUUCUCUAAAAACGCUCCCUUCUCCAUUGCCAACCGCAACAACUUCUUCACCAGAAUCUUCAUGUAAAACUUCAGUUUCCACAAGGAGAAGAGCCAUUGUCUCUGCUUCAACGGCUGGAAUGGCUUCUUUACUCCAAUUUUCAAACCCCAUUUCUCAUUUAUGUUCUGCCAUCGCCCUGCAACCACAACAAGUGGAACUUGAUCAAGAAGAAGAUAGACUUGUUCAUCUGUUCCAGGAAACUUCACCAUCGGUUGUGUUUAUUGAAGACCUUGAGUUAGCUAAAAUCCCAAAGAGUUCUUCCAAGGGAGAUACGGUUUCCGUGGAUGAAGAUGCAAAAGUUCAAGGGACAGGUUCAGGCUUCAUCUGGGACAAGUUUGGUCAUAUUGUUACUAAUUACCAUGUUGUGGAUAAAUUGGCUACCGAUCAAACUGGGUUGCAACGAUGUAAGGUGUUUCUGGUUGAUGCUAGAGGGACUAGCUUUUACAAAGAAGGGAAACUUGUUGGCAUUGAUCCAGCCUAUGAUUUAGCUGUUUUAAAGGUUGAUGUUGAGGGCUAUGAACUAAAACCAGUUGUGAUUGGCACUUCUCGGGACGUGCGUGUCGGACAGAGCUGUUUCGCCAUUGGAAAUCCCUUCGGAUACGAGAAUACUUUAACGACAGGGGUGGUCAGUGGAUUAGGCAGAGAGAUACCUUCCCCAAAUGGCAGGGCUAUUAGAGGAGCAAUUCAAACAGAUGCUGCCAUUAAUUCAGGCAACUCCGGUGGGCCGUUGAUAGAUUCAUACGGUCAUGUCAUCGGUGUUAAUACCGCAACUUUCACUCGAAAAGGGACAGGAAUAUCCUCUGGUGUGAACUUUGCGAUACCGAUCGACACAGUCGUGCGAACGGUACCUUACCUUAUUGUAUAUGGAACCCCAUAUAGCAACAGGUUUUGACCCAAUAUAAUCUUCUGUAAUCAAACAAAUACCAUGAGUUUGAUAAUGCUUUUGGCCUGAAGAAGAUUCA